AUGCAGAGCGGCGGGUUUUCGCCGAGCGCGACUUCUGCGGGGAAAAACAGACGGUGCCCUGACGUUUGUCUGGCUGCUGCCGACGUGAGAGGCCCGGAUGGGGUCGAGAGGACGCCUCUCCCUGAAACCCACAGUCUCACCGUCCCCGACCGUGCCCCCGGAGACCCGGAUUCUCCCAGGUGCCUGAAGCUCCGUGAGGAAAUCGAGGCGUCACAGGUGAUGGCGGAGACGGGUGAGGGGAGCUUCGAAGCCGUCGCGCUCCCACCGUCCCAGCUUCCAGAGGAGCGGGGCGCCCCUCGCGCUGCUCCCGCAGAUCCGGUCUGUGACGGUAAGCCCCAGAUCGGAGGCGGUGGGGAUGGCGGUUACGUAGCACCCGAAGCGGGGCAAGAGCGGACUCCGCCUCCCAGGGAGAGACUGGAAACGGCGUUUGUAUCCCUGGCGACGGACGGCAGCCGGGGAAAUGGCGGCCGGCGGUGAGAGCCGCGGGGCCCGGGUGGGGAGAAGCCCCUAGAAACCUGUGGCGCGGAGAGGUUCGGAUCUGAGCUGAUGGCGGAGGCGAAGGCUGAGGAAGUGAAGAUUGAAGAGGGCCCCCUCUUCUCAGUCGCAGUGGAUGAGGAGGUGGCGGAGAAGGAAGGAGUGAAGGAGGGGGAGGGAGUGGAGCAGGAGAUGGAGAUGGAGGAGAAGCCAGUAGGUGAAGAAAUAGAAAUGGUGGAGAAUAGAGUGGUGGAGGAGGCAGGGCACCGGCCCCUGCGGAUGGAUCUCCGCAUGAACCCUCCGGAGGCCAUCCAGCUGGAGCUGGACACUGUGAAUGCUCAGGCUGACCGGGCCUUUCAGCAACUAGAACAUAAGUUUGGACGGAUGCAUCGACACUACCUGGAUCGGAGGAACUUCAUUCAGAAUAUCCCGGGCUUCUGGGUCACUGCCUUUCGGAAUCACCCCCAGUUGUCCCCCAUGAUUAGGGGCCAAGAUGCAGAGAUGUUAAGAUACAUAACCAAUUUGGAGGUGAAGGAGCUCAGGCACCCUCGAACAGGCUGCAAGUUCAAGUUCUUCUUUCGAAGAAACCCCUAUUUCCGAAAUAAACUGAUUGUCAAGGAAUAUGAGGUCAGAGCCUCUGGCCGAGUAGUGUCUCUUUCCACUCCAAUCGUAUGGCGCCGGGGCCGUGAACCCCAGUCCUUCAUUCGCAGGAACCAAGAGGUCGUUUGCAAUUUCUUCACCUAGUUUUCAGACCACAGCCUUCCAGAGUCUGACAGGAUUGCUGAGAUUAUCAAGGAGGACCUGUGGCCAAAUCCACUGCAAUACUACCUGCUGCAUGCAGGAGUCCAUAGAGCCAGACGUCGCCCAAUAAGGGAGCCAGUGGAGAUCCCCAGGCCCUUUGGGUUCCAGUCUGGUUAAACUUUGCCCUUGGUAAUGUUCCUGCAUAAAGUCCCUUUCCGCCCCUUGCUGGACCUGUGCUUGGGCAACAGAAAUGGGUAUGCCUUCUACUUUU